AUGGAUACAGUUGUAGGAGUUUGCUAUGAAGGUGGCGUCGUCAUUGCGGCCGAUCAAUCCAAUGGACGUUCGAUCCUUACUUACCAAACAAACUUGGAUAAAAUUGCAAAGCUCUCGUCUCACUCAAUGAUGGGAGUUUCAGGACCAAAUUGUGAUUUGGUAAACUUUACGCAAUACGUUGCCAAGAAUAUCAACCUUUACGAAUUGUCAAAUGACGGAACCAAGCUUUCGACCAAGGCCCAAGCGAAUUUUGCUCGUGGAGAACUCGCUACGGCACUGCGAAAGGGUCCAUUCCAAGUGAAUGUAUUAUUGGCAGGAUAUGACGAUAAGACAAAGGGAUCAUUGUAUCACCUCGAUUAUAUGGGAGCCAUGCAAAAGGUCAAGUAUGGGGCACAAGGAUACGCACAAUAUUUCGUUUCCUCCAUCUUUGAUAAGGAUUGCACAGAGAACAUGACGGAAGAAGAUGCUGUGAAAAUUGUAGAAAAGUGCAUCAAGGAAAUACACACACGAUUCCUCAUGUCUCAGCCAAACUUUAUUAUCAAGAAGGUCGACAAGGAUGGUGUCAAGGUUCUUUCGUUUGACGCAGAUCCAGCUGAUACUUAA